AAGUUGUGAAGGUGCCCCGCCAGCGAAACGUCCGCGCAGUCUAGAAUCCGUCACCCGAUCGGAAGGUGCUAUAGCCGCUCGUCAGGAGUUAAGAACUUUGGAACGUAACCGUGAACCAUGAAGUUGGCUACUUUCUUCGAGGCUUCGUUUUUGCUUAUCUGCUGGUCGCAAGCUGUCAGCAGUCAUGUCUUCGGCUAUUCCGAGCCCAACCAGCGACGCUGGGCGCGUCAUCAUGGUCACUGUGCGGGGAAGACCCAAUCCCCAAUUGCCAUCACCACCAGCCGGACAAUGGCCAUUCAUAUGCCGGCGGUGGACAUGAUUGGCUACCACAACCUGUUGCCCUAUCCCCUGAAAAUGAUCAACAAUGGACACACGGUUUCUAUCAGCAUACCCAAAGUGAAUGUGUCUGAGGUGGGUGAGGAUUUCCUGCCCUACAUCCGUGGCGCCAAACUGCCCGGUGAGUUCGAGGUGGAGGGUCUCCACUUCCACUGGGGCGACAAGAACAACCGUGGAUCCGAGCACGUCAUCAACGACAUCCGCUACACCAUGGAGAUGCACAUUGUGCACCGGAACAAGAAGUACGCGACCAUUGGGGAAGCUCUUAAUCAUCCGGAUGGUGCCGCCGUCCUGGGCUUCUUCUUCAAUCUCGACGAGGAUGAGGGUCCCGGCCUGGUGACCAUUAACCGGCAUUUGCAUCUGAUUGCCGACGCCAACCAGGAGGCUACACUCAACGUCACUUUCUCGCUCUCCUCGCUGAUUGCUGGCGUGGAUGUGGACAAGUUCUACACCUACAAGGGUUCUCUGACCACACCGCCCUGUUCGGAGGCCGUCACCUGGAUACUGUUCCCCGAUCCCAUCCCGAUUUCGCCCAAGCAGAUCUCUCGAUUCCGUCAGCUGUCGGACACGCAGGAUGGUGCAUUGGUGGACAAUUUCAGGACCCUGCAGCCGGUGGGCAAUCGCAGGAUCUUCGCACGCACAGGACACGUGCGCCACACCUCGAUUGCCGCAUUGAAGCACGAGGGCGAAUAUCUCAAGUACGACUGGUUCUACUGAUCUAUCGACUCGAACUGGCGGCCGGAUGUGGAGCACUGUGCCAUCCCAUAUUAGGAUACCUCUAAACUAAGCAUUUAAUAAGUUACACUAACAUUUAGUCUAGGCACUCACAGAGAAUAAAAUUAUUAAAAACAA